AUGGCCACACCGAGCGCUGGACCGGACGAUGCGGAUAAUGGAUCCAAGCAGUCAUUCUUGGAACUCGCCCAACAAGCCCAGGCGGCGCGAAAUCUAAUCAUCAAAUCUAGGGCCAAGAUAGAAAGUCAUAAAUUCAAAGAGGCUUACCUCAAGAGGAAAAUUAAAGCUUCUGAGCAGCACAGUAAGGAGCUCGACCUGAUCAUCCACAAAAAACAAAUAAUAGCAGAUAAAUUAAAACAAAACUCAGAGAUGCAGGGCAUGUAA